AUGAGUAAUUUUCAGCUAUUUUCAAAGAAAGGGAACGGGAAACGAUGUUUAAGUCAUGUUGGUACGAGACUACAAUCAAACGAGAAAGACAAAAUAUUUGCAACCGAAGCAAAACGACUUUCAAAUGAGACAAAAGAUGAAGAGAAAAGCAUGAGCAACAAAAGUUUGGAUGUCUAUUUAGACAUUGACUCGAGUCUUAAAGGCUGGACUGAGUACAGUGUGUUUCCUUACAAAAAGCAUUUCAACUCAAAAGGAAGUAAUAUCAGUUCAAUAUACUGUGAAGUCUUAAGCAAUGGCAAUUGUCAUGAAUGUCAAACUACUGAGAGAAAAUUGACAAACGUUCAGUCAAGUUUGGCAAGGUUCCCAAAUUUGGAGACAGGAGGAUAUCUUUUAUUUCAAAGUUUAAGUGAAAAACAAAAAAUUCCCGAACGAACUGCAUAUUCUGCGCUGAGCUUUGUAUCUGCGCCUGCAGCACCAGACAGCGGUUACUCUUCUUCGGAAAGCUCCGGUUCUCUCCGACGUCGUGUCCGAGCAGCAUCGGCUGUAUUAUCGGAUUUCAAUCGGAAAGCAUUCGGGUCUUUUCGGUUGAAUUCACAAGCUCGUCCUUCCAGUUCGAAAACUGUUCACUUCGAGAACAUUUCACGUACCCACGCGAGAGCUUCAAGUUCUCGCGCGAGUACACGCAAGAUUUCGCCAAUGUCUCAAGAGGGAUGGUCCGAGAAGCAAAUCGAAGCCUGGAAACUACUCGCUCCCACUCCCCCGCAGAUCGAGGUCUCGCAAAUGAAUGUGAGCAUGUAUACUCCCAAGGAACUGCCAGGGAUUAAACUUUUUGAUGAAUCAUUGUUUGUGAUUUGA